UAACAUUUGUGCCUUGGCAUUGACUUGGCCCGGGUCCGGCUAUGUGGCUCACCUUCGGCCACGUCAAAAAAGUAACAAAACGUGGAUGGGCCAGCAUCGGUUCAAUUCUAAUUCUGAGUUGAUGGAAUAUUGGCGUGGCCCACAUUUGGCAUUUAACCAAACCCCAAGUAACCCCUCGCCAGGCAUCUUAUGAUUGUGGCCCAAAUCAAGCUUGACGGGCAUGGGCCAAGUCCGUUCGGCCGAACGAUGGCCCAAAUAAGGUUACACGGCUGCCGUGCUUUCUUCUGUCUAGCAGUUCCGGCAUUCUCCGUUUUUCCAGUCGUGUUCCACUCGUGAUCACGUGAACAUAUAUAAACGUGCUCUGAUUUUUAACAUGUCGACUUUUAACUUAGAGGCAUUUCCAUUUUGUGUCGUUGAGUUUGUCGAUGAUAAGGACAAAUUAAUUUACGUCGAAGCCGUCCCUCGAUCUUGGGUCAACGAGGAAAGUAGGGUGUGUCGCUGGCCAAAUAUAGCCGGACCUCAACUUGAUAAACUACGUAAAGUUCAGUCAAGUCCCGAAAAUCAAUGGAUAACCUACAAUAACAUCAAGAUCUUGAAAUUAUGUUCCGACUUUAAGACUGCCAGAAGUAAGGCCAUUUUAGCGGAGACAAAAAACUCGCUGGAUACAAGUGAAGAUCUUAAUAAGGGGAAGAAAAAAACACGGGGUGCUAAAAAUCAAUUAAAAUCAACACGGGACUUGCCAUCAGAAAGGGAUAAUAGUUCAUCAUCAUCGUCGUCAUCCAUUUUGGCAAUAAAUUUUUGCUCCUCACUUGAACCGCCUACGUCGAUUUUUGUCGAUCCUCCGAGCAAUAAUAAUGAUCAAAUUAUUAUCCCCUCCACAUCACUUGCUCAAAAUGUUGCUGGAUCUUCUACCGUUGAAUUAAAUGAGCCAAAUGUAGCAGAUAACUCUGAGAUUAUCUGUUCUGACAAUUUCGUGGUUGUUAAUGAUGGUCUAUUAGCACAGUUGACUCAGACAAUUCAGGAUUUUAAGGAAGUGAUUCUUCGAGAAAUUCAAGAGGUGAAGAGCGAUAUUGCUAUUAUUCGAGCUCAAGUUUUGCAACAAAACAAGACCGCUGUGGUGCCAGCCAGAUGUUCUAAAAUUCCUAUGAAAACUGUAGAGGAUUGGUCUGAAUUAGAAGUUUGGUUGGGAUCAGUUGAAGAAGCAAAACAGAUUAUUGUCACAGACUUGGAAUUGAUUGGAGGCAAUGAUUUGAAUGACCUUACGAGAAGACUUCUUGCGCGAAUAAUGACAGCGGAAUUAUCGAAGCAGGUCAAUUUCACAGGUGCAAACGGGAAAUUAAACUUUGGCGCUUCACCCUUUUACAACAUCUUGAUUGAAUCUAUCCGAUGUUAUUCCGACUACAGCAACACGCACGAACGGAAAAUACGUCAAUGUGUCAUGCGAUGGUUUAAUAAUUCAAGUGACCGGGAUGGAGGAAGAGAGAGGCGUAGAAAAAAUAAUCAAGCCGAGACGGUACAAUAA